AAUAAUCGCCCAUCGCUACUAAAAAAAAAAGCAAAAAAUAAAAUUAAAAUAAUGCCCAUAUAAAUCGAAGUAAAAUAAACCACAGUUAAACUUUACCACGGAAUAAACUAAUAAUAUCCAAGAAACUGUAGGUUUCUGGCUUUAAUUAUAUACCUACCUAUAUAAUCAAAGUUUUCAGGGAAAUAUCAUUAUAAAAUAUUUUUUUCUGAUAGGCUGCCCUUUUAUAAUUAAACACCAAGCAGGGUCAAAAUCAUUAAUUAACACAUAUACAGCAUACACAAUGAAUAAUUCUGCGGCUAAAGUAGGUGAGAUAUUUACUGAAGCGGGAGCAGCGUUCAAUAAAUUGGCCGAGAUGACUAUGAUGUUGCAUCCCAUUGCUGAAACUUCAUUGAGUGUUCAAGCAAAAACUCCUGUCAAGAGAAAAACUACUGAAGAGAGGACACCUGCUAAUAACACUAUACUUCCACAGCAAUCUCAACAAUCACAGCACAAUAUUCAUGCUGCGCCAAUAUCACAACAGGUCACAUUGAACAUGCUUAAUGCUCAGGAAUCAGAAAUGGAUGUUGUGGGUCUUAACAAUGAGAUGAAGUUAGAAUUUGAGUCAAGUACAGAAGAAGUAACUACAUAACCAAAUUAAAUAGUGGAAGUAAAAAUCAAUUUUUUUUAAAAAAUAUCUUAAGUUGUGAAAACAUUUAUAAAUUUAUUUAUUCUCAUUUUUUAAAUUCAAAUGAUUUGACACACUUUUUUAUUAUUAA